GCUCUCUAUCUGGAAACACUUCAGAAAAUUAGAGAAAUUAAGAUGGAGGGGCAAUAUUGUGAUGACCACAGCAAUUUCAAUUUCAAAGGUAUGAUGCCCACAGCUAUAUCCUCCUUUUUCUCGGCCUAUGCUCCCUUUGCUGGUUACAUGUUUAUGCUCAAAUCCAUGAACACCAAUUUCCUCCCUUACGAGUUUAAAUCAUACAUAUACUCAUACCUACAAUCAAGCCUCAGCUACCUCCUGGACCCUCUAGCCAAUCACAUAACUCUCCUCAUCGACAACCCUAGGGAUCACUACUCGGACGAAAUUUCGCAGCGCAACCUAGUCUAUGAUGCUGCUGAGGUCUAUCUUGCCACCAAGAUCAACCCGAAAACCCAAAUCUUUCGAAUCAGCAAAGCACCGAAACAAAAGGUCCCCAUCAUUGUUGUUACCACCACCCAAGAAAUCGCCGACACUUUCGAAAACAUUCAAGUAAAGUGGCGCAUGAUCUUCCCUGAAGAAAAAGACCGUCACAGUCACUACAGUAGGCUCAAUAAGAGCCGCUUUGAGCUAACAUUCCACAGGAAACACAAAGACAAAGUUAUAAACUCGUACAUCCCCUAUGUAUUGGCUCGGGCCGAGGCUAUCAAAGAUGCAGAAAAGACUCUAAAGCUUUAUAGUUACAAUAGUAAACGUUCCUCGGCCCAUUACUUUAAACCUUCUGGUGGACGCUCUCAAGGUAGUGAUGACGAUGAUGACUUUGCACCUUCUUCAGGCAAUUGGAGUUGCGCGGAUAAUGAGCACCCAGCUACUUUCGAGACAAUAGCAAUGGAGCCGGAGCUGAAGAGAAUUAUCAUAGAUGAUUUGGAAAAGUUCGUGAAGAGGAGGGAGUUCUACAAGAGAGUUGGCAAGGCUUGGAAGAGAGGCUACUUAUUGUUUGGUCCACCCGGCACUGGAAAAUCCAGCUUGGUAGCGGCCAUGGCUAAUCAUCUCCGUUUUGAUAUUUAUGAUUUGGAACUCACUAGCAUUUCCAGCAACGAUCAAUUGAGGAAGGCCUUGAUGUCUACUACGAAUCGUUCUAUUGUGGUGUUUGAGGAUAUUGAUUGCAGCAAGGAAUCCGUAAACCGGGAAUCAGCAGAGAGCAAGAACUUUAUGGUUUCCAAAGCCGAAUCCAAGUUUACACUCUCGGGUCUGCUGAAUGUCGUUGAUGGUCUGUGGUCAAGUUGCGGUGAUGAGAGAAUUAUUGUGUUCACCACCAACCACAAGGAGCGGCUAGACCCUGCAUUGUUGAGGCCUGGUCGAAUGGAUGUACACAUUCACAUGUCGUAUUGCACCCCAAGAGGGUUCAAGACCUUAGCCUCGAACUACCUCGGCAUUCAGGACACCAGCGAACAUCGCCUGUGUGGAGAAAUUGAAGCAUUGAUGGAGAACACAAACAUCACCCCUGCAGAGGUUUGUGAGGAGCUUAUGAGGGGUGAUGGUGAUGAUGCUGAUGCUGCUCUUGAAGGACUUGUCAAUUGCCUUAAGUGUAAGAGGCUCGAGACCAAAAAAAUAGAGGAAGAAAACAAAGAGGCAAAGAGGCAGAAAACAGAUAACAAUGCGUCUGAAAUUUCCGAGAAUUGGUAGAAUUGAUAGCAUAAGAUACGGAUUGAGUUGGAAUUGUUUUUUCGAUCGGUACUAGUUUGAGGUGUCUUUGUCAAGCUAUUGAAUAGAUUGUAUUUGUUUUAGUUUUUGUUGAAGCUCAAGCUCGAUCAGUUGCUUGACUGGAACACUUUACAUUGAUAAAUAGAUAUUUAUAUGUUUAGAUCGAUCAUUGUUUUAAUUCCAAAG